GGGCACGUCUCGGUGAGUCACGAUGAUGGCGGCCACCGUCGUAUGGUGAGCUGGUGGAUUCUGUCUCGCAGAGCCCCUCGCACCUCCUGCAGACUCAGGGGCCGGCGGCAGGCGCGUGAGGAAGCACGGAGGCCAGAGCUCGCGGGGAAGGCCGCAGUCGCGGAGGCAGCGGCGCGGCCCGGGGCCCGAGCUGGAGGAGAGGCCGUUCGGCAGGGCGAAUGUGACGAGCCCCCACCCCCACCGCCUCCCUCUCAAGAGCGCUAGGAGCGCGGGCGACCCCAGGGCCCGGCCAGGCCACAGACCCCGCCCAGCGGCCAGCACCCGGCGCAGACCCCAGUGGAGUCGCGCGGCGGCAUCAUGCAGAUCACCCUGAAGACCCUCCAGCAGCAGACCUUCAAGAUCGACAUCGACCCCGAGGAGACGGUAAAAGCACUGAAAGAGAAGAUUGAAUCUGAAAAGGGGAAAGAUGCCUUUCCAGUAGCAGGUCAAAAAUUAAUUUAUGCAGGCAAAAUCCUCAAUGAUGAUACUGCUCUCAAAGAAUAUAAAAUUGAUGAGAAAAACUUUGUGGUGGUUAUGGUGACAAAACCCAAAGCAGUGACAACACCAGCACCAGCUACAACUCAGCAAUCAAAUUCUGCCACCACUACCACAGUUAGUUCCUCCACAGCAACAGCUGUGGCUCAGGCCCCAGCCCCCACCCCUGCUUUGGCUCCCACUUCCACACCUGCAUCCAUCACUCCAGCAUCAACAACAGCAUCUUCUGAACCUGCACCUGCUAGUGCAACUAAACAAGAGAAGCCUGCAGAAAAGCCAGCAGAGACGCCAGUGGCUACUAGCCCAACAUCAACUGACAGUACAUCAGGAGAUUCUUCUCGGUCAAACCUUUUUGAAGAUGCAACAAGUGCACUCGUGACAGGUCAGUCUUACGAGAAUAUGGUAACUGAGAUCAUGUCAAUGGGCUAUGAACGAGAGCAAGUAAUUGCAGCCCUGAGAGCCAGUUUCAACAACCCUGACAGAGCAGUGGAGUAUCUUUUAAUGGGAAUCCCUGGAGAUAGAGAAAGUCAGGCUGUGGUUGACCCCCCUCAAGCAGCUAGUACUGGGGCUCCUCAGUCUUCAGCAGUGGCUGCAGCUGCAGCAACUACUACAGCAACGACUACAACAACAAGUUCUGGAGGACAUCCCCUUGAAUUUUUACGGAAUCAGCCUCAGUUUCAACAGAUGAGACAAAUUAUUCAACAGAAUCCUUCCCUGCUUCCAGCAUUGCUACAACAGAUAGGUCGAGAGAAUCCUCAGUUACUGCAGCAAAUUAGCCAGCAUCAGGAGCAUUUUAUUCAGAUGUUAAAUGAACCGGUUCAAGAAGCUGGUGGUCAAGGAGGAGGAGGGGGUGGAGGUGGUAGCGGAGGAAUUGCAGAAGCUGGAAGUGGUCAUAUGAACUACAUUCAAGUAACGCCUCAGGAAAAAGAAGCUAUAGAAAGGUUAAAGGCAUUAGGAUUUCCUGAAGGACUUGUGAUACAAGCAUAUUUUGCUUGUGAGAAGAAUGAGAAUUUGGCUGCCAAUUUUCUUCUACAGCAGAACUUUGAUGAAGAUUGAAAGGAACUUUUUUGUAUCUCACACUUCACACCAGUGCAUUACACUAACUUUGUUCACUGGAUUGUCUGGGAUGACUUGGGCUCAUAUCCACAAUACUUGGUAUAAGGUAGUAGAUUGGUAGGGGUGGGGAGGGAGGGAUCUAGGACAUAGGGCAGGGAUAAAUACAGUGCAUGUCUGCUUCAAUCAGCAGAUGCCGCAAAUCCACACAGUGUGUAAAAUAUUAUACAACCAAAAAUCAGCUUUUGCAGAUCUUUAUUUCUUCUAUUAAAAUGUAGGUAACUUCGUAGGUUUCACUCUUUUUAGUGUACUAGAUCCAGAAAUUUAGUGUAAUGCCCUGCUUUAUAUUUCUUUGACUUAACAUUGGUUCCAGAAAGAAUCUUUGCUACCUAGAAAUUUACAGUCUCUGUUUCAUGGCAACACUGGAUAAUGGCAUUGUGAAAUUGAAAAAACUUUUGGAGCAGUUGUAAACAAACAUGCCAAAUUAUUGAUGGUUAUUGUUGCUGCUUUACAUAGCAUAAAAUUAAUAUGUAAGGAAGCCCAUUCUUUCAUGUUAAAUACUUGGGUUAGGGGAGGGAGAAAGGGAACCUUUUCUUAAAAUGAAAAUACUGCUAUUUUAAAAUUUCUUGAUCAUUGAAUGUGAGACCCUUCUAACAUGAUUUGAGAAGCUGUACAAGCAUAGGCAGUUACUGUUUACAUUUUUUCUGUUUU